CUUAGGGGAACGCGAAAGAGGAAUCCCGCUGCAGUGCACGCCUCAUGCAUAACUCGUUACGAAGGUGGCAAUACGUUGCGUCGCUGUAUUGAUUCAAUGCUAAGCGCACUACAGUCGACAGUCAUCGCGAGGUGCAUUCUGCCGAAUUUUUUCUCCCUCACCGUUGCGGACAAGCGUACGGCGUCCUUGCUCCGGUGCACAUCUCACAAUCACAGAAAUCUCCUCUCUUCAAACGCAGGGCGAAAUGCAACCUGGACGGCUCGUGUAGAGCGGCAGCCUCUUCGAUCGCAAAGGGGCGCUUUGGUCGCCCGUCCCAGGAUUCACAUGCCUCGCUGGUUCAGAACGUGCACCCUUUUGACGGUCGGCGGUGCCAUCGGCGCCCUUAUGGCCUACGGAGUCUACGUGUUAGUGACGCACCGCCAGGAGCAAGUCAAAAAGCCGCACAUCAUCUUCAUACUCGCCGAUGACCUGGGUUGGGCCGACGUCAGCUUCCAUGGAUGUCCCCAGAUCCCGACACCCAACCUGGACACACUGGCCGCUGAUGGAGUGGUGCUCAACAACUACUACGUGCACCCGACUUGCACAGCGUCGAGGGGUGCACUCAUGACCGGCCUCUACUCGACGCGAUACGGCCUGCAGCACAUACCAAUUCAACCGGGUGAACCGUACGGUCUUGACCUCAAGUACACCCUACUUCCUGGACAUCUGAAAAGACUCGGCUACGAGACUCACCUCAUUGGAAAGUGGCACCUGGGCAGUUACCGCUACGAGUACACGCCUACCCGGAGGGGCUUCGACUCUUUCUACGGAUUUUACUACGGACACGAAGACUACCACACCCACAUGCUCCAUCACUCCCAGGAUGGAAAAGAAAUUUCGGGUCUCGACCUCUGGAACGGCACGGAGCCCGCAGAGGACGCCAUGGGAGUGUACGGCACCGAGCUGUUCGCCGAGAAAGCGGUGCGCCUCAUCCAGAACAUGGACAAGUCAAAGCCUCAGUUCCUGUAUCUGAGCCAACAAGCGGUUCAUUCCGGAAAUGAUGAUGACCCACUUCAGUCGCAGAAAAAGAACGUGGACAAGUUUCCUUAUAUCGGUGAAAAGAACCGGACUAUCUACGCCGGAAUGGUUGACUCACUCGACGAGGCCGUCGGAAGCGUGAUGCGAGCGCUGGGCGAAGCCGGAAUGCUGCAGGACAGCGUGAUCGUCUUCAGUUCGGACAACGGCGGCGUGCCCUGGGGUUACAUGGCCUCCCGUGGCAUAAACUGGCCGCUACGCGGGGCAAAGUCCUCACCCUGGGAGGGCGGAUCCAGAGCGGCCGCUUUCCUGUGGUCGCCGCUGCUGGACAAGAGCCGCCGGGUCUCUCAGCAACUCAUGCACAUCACCGACUGGUUGCCCACGUUCUACGCGCUCGCCGGAGGCUUGGUGAGCGACCUGGGACCCCUGGACGGCAAAGACAUGUGGGCAGCGGUCUCCCGAGACGAGCCCUCACCGCGUUCCGACAUCGUCUACAACAUCGACCCUUUGUGGAACUAUGCAGCGAUACGGAGAGACAGCUUCAAGAUUGUCGUAGGCUCACAUGUCGGUGGCAGGUUGGAUCAGCAUUUUCCCAUCCCAGGGGGACAAGGGACGUCGCAGAAACUGGACGCGCUGAUGGAGAGGAGCCUCGCCGCGGAGACACUGCGAGCCCUGUACCACAAGCGGGAGUUGGGUUUUGCGCCGGACUGGAGGGCCAACACCACGCUGAGUUGCCCGGACGGACCGUGUGGCGACGAGUCGCGUUUCCAGUCAUCUGACAACGUGUUUCUCUUCGACUUGGACAAGGACCCCUGCGAAUGCAAUAAUCUGGCCUCCACACACAAGCAGGUACUCGAGUCAAUGAACAGGGCCUUGGAAGAGUACAGAGCGCAGACUGUUCCCCCUCUCAAACCUGCUGUGGACCCGACCUCGUUUCCCGAAAACCACAACGGGACGUGGGCCCCCUGGGUCGACUGAAUGGACCCGAACUGCCUUGCAAAACUCGCCCACUCGUGCACAUUUUCACAUUUAUAGCCUUUUCAUUGCACCCGGUCGCAGAUAUCUUCCA